UCAGUCCACCGCAAUAUUUUUCUGCAGAAUGUCCUCUUGGUCCACCGAGUGUCUUCUGGACGAUGUCCUUUGCCCACCACUUCUCAACUGGCUUCCUAUCGCUCUUCUGUCCUCCUGGUGUCUCUUUCUCCUGUCCACGGGGUCCAUGCUAACCGGUGUUGUUCACCCACUGGUGGCUCUGGGCAGGUGCCAGUCACCACAGUAUUUCUAAACGCUGCCCUCUUUGUUCCCAGUAUAUCUCAUCUCUCGUGAGGCUCCUUUCUCUGUCCCUCAUGUCCUUGUUGUCGGAUGUCCCUUCUCCACUCCCUUCUCUCUCACCCUCUGGUGUCUCUUGACAGGUGCUGCUCGUCUCCUGAAGUGUCCUUCUGCUGGCUCUCAAAAGGCUCCUUGUCUCUUAUUUCUUCCCCUGCUGUCACUUGACAGGCCCUCUUCUGUGUCCCCAGUGUCCUUAUUGACAGGUGUCCAUCACACACUUGUCUCUCUUGACAGGUGCCACUCAUCACCGUAUACUUCUGUAGGUUGCCCACUUGGUCCCCCAUCUCUGUCCCUAAUGUCUCUCACCCAGCAUCUCCACCAUGGGCUUCUUGUCUCUGUUGCUCCAGCUGGAGUCUCUUAACAGCUCCCUUCCUCUGACCCCAGUGUUCAUGCUGGCAAGUGUCACUCCCCCUUUUUUCUCCCCCUCUCCUGACAGGUGCCAGUCUCCACCAUGUGGUCCCAUAGACAGGCUCCUGCCUCCGUCCUCAGUGUCCCACACCCAGAACCUCCGCCAUGGGCUUGUCGUCUCUCUUUCUCCCCCUACUGUCUUAUGACAGGCUUUCUUUAUCCUCUGCCUUACUUGUCUUUGUUCCCUUGAUGGGUGCCAGUCACACCAUUGUGUGGUCCUACUCGUCUGUCCUCCGUGUCCCACACCCAGCACCUCCACUACUGACUCCUGACAGGUGCCAGUCAGCACCCUGCCUCUGUCCCCAGUGUCCCUUGGCCAGUCCUCGUAUUUUCUGUCUUGUUGACAGGUGCCAGUCAGCACCAUGUGUGUGUCUGUCCCCAGCGGCCCGCACCUCUCGACAGGCCGGCUCCUCGUCUCUCUUUCUCCCCCUGGUGUCUCCUGCCAGGCACCACUCCACUCCACUCUCCUCUCCUCUCCGAUCGUCUCCCUGGCCGCGGCGCGAGUCUUCGGGUCCAUUGUCUGCCCCCCGCCCCUCCCCCACUCGCUCGUGCUCCUGCGCCGCCUCGGCUCUUUAAACGGCGCCGCUCCGCCGGCCUGCGCUGCUCGCUCGCUCGCUCAUCUUUCCCGUUUUCGCCGGUGGCUGUGAAUUUUUUUUGGGGUGGUCAACAAUUGCUUUAUUUAUUUAUUUUUUCCUGUUUUCUUUAUUGUUUGAACGCCGAGGCCUUCCGCACAUGCUAGCCCUGGCUCGGUAGCGUCGUCGCCGCCGUCGUCGUCUCUGUCCCACCCCGGACGCAGCGACAUGGCCGCGCGCCUCUUCUCGCCGCCGAGCUGGGGCCGAAGCCCCUGCGCCGCCGCCUGCGGGCCCCUUUAAGCCGCAGCAGGUCUUCUAGAGGGGGGAAGAAGAGCAGGCAGAUGGCCCCCGGUCGCGUGUGACGCGACGCUCCCCCCCAUUUUCUUUUUUUGUUGUUGUUGUCGUUUAUUGUUUUUUUUUUCUUUCUUUCUUUUUAUGCAUUUUAGUUUUGGAAUCGCCGCGGCAUUUCGGUUCGAGCCGCUCCGUGGCGCCUCGCCUUUCUUUCGUUCCUCUUCAUUCUAUGCGCUGUAAAUGGCUUUCCAGGGGCAGGGCCACCCUUCUGUGUGUGGCAGUCUCUUCGCGGGCCCGGACCUCGGCCCCAAGUUUUUCUGCCUGCCGACCAACUCCUCCAGCGCUGCGGCCGCCGGCACGUCCGCGGGCCUGGGAGCCGCCCCGGUCUCGAGUGUGCCGGCCGUGGACGCGGGAGCGCCCCGUAACCCGGCCGCGCUGGCCGGAGGAGGCCCCGGCGGCGGGGCAGCGACGGUGGUGGCGUCGGCGGCGCCGCAGCAGCCUCAGCACAUUCACCCGGGGAGCGAGGCGCCCAACGCGGCCGACCUGGAGCCUGACCGGCCCAUCGGAUACGGGGCCUUCGGAGUGGUCUGGUCAGUCACAGAUCCUCGAGAUGGAAAGCGAGUUGCCCUGAAGAAGAUGCCCAACGUCUUUCAGAACUUGGUCUCCUGCAAGAGAGUGUUCCGUGAGCUAAAAAUGCUCUGCUUCUUCAAACAUGACAAUGUCUUGUCCGCACUGGAUAUCCUCCAGCCCCCUCAGAUUGACUGCUUUGAAGAGAUAUAUGUGAUCACUGAGCUAAUGCAAAGUGACCUGCACAAGGUGAUUGUCUCCCCCCAGCCCCUGAGCACUGACCACAUCAAGGUGUUUCUCUAUCAGAUCCUGAGGGGUCUCAAGUACCUUCAUUCUGCUGGAAUUCUUCAUCGUGACAUCAAACCAGGGAACCUCCUUGUGAACAGCAACUGCGUGCUGAAGAUUUGUGAUUUUGGCCUGGCCCGUGUGGAAGAAAUGGAUGAAUCGAGGCACAUGACCCAGGAAGUAGUCACCCAGUACUAUCGUGCCCCAGAGAUACUCAUGGGUAGCCGCCACUAUAGCAGUGCCAUUGACAUCUGGUCUGUUGGUUGUAUUUUUGCCGAGCUGCUCGGAAGAAGAAUCCUGUUUCAAGCACAGAGCCCAAUUCAACAGCUGGACCUUAUCACCGAUCUCCUUGGGACCCCCCCACUGUCUGCCAUGAUGUCCGCUUGUGAAGGAGCGAGAGCCCAUGUUCUAAGAGGACCUCACAAACCACCGUCGCUGUCGGUCCUCUACAUGCUCUCUGAAGGUGCCACCCAUGAGGCCGUUCACUUGCUGUGUAGAAUGCUGGUCUUUGACCCGGCCAAGCGGAUUUCAGGACGCGAUGCACUGUCUCACCCCUACCUCGAUGAAGGACGCCUGCGCUACCACACCUGCAUGUGCCGCUGUUGUUUCUCGGUGGCUUCAGGCCGGGUCUACACUCGUGAGUUUGAACCCAAUGCCAACGGAAGGUUUGAUGACCAGUAUGAGAGGAAUCUGUCAUCUGUGUGGCAGGUCAAAGAGCUCAUUCAUCGCUUCAUAACGGAGCAGCAGCAGGGCAAGAGGGUACCGCUGUGUAUCAACCCACAGAGUGCUGCAUUUAAAACCUUCAUCAGGUCGACGGCGUGGCAUUCAUCAAAAGUCUCCAAGAAGGAAGAGAGAUGAUAGCGAAGGGCGCAGGGUGAUGGCCGGGGGGGGGACGGCAUCGUGGAGUCCAGCUCUGGAUGUCUGACCUGCACAACUUGGUUGGUUGGCUGGCUGGGUGGGUGGGCAGUUUUAGGGGGUUGGCGCUCGAAGAAUGAAAACUGCUGCUGCUGCCAUACAAGUGAAGUGUAGCUCAAACCCCCUGUUGAUCCGCUUGUUCUGCCCGCCCUGCCAUCCUCGAUCACCGCCUGGCACCUCUGGGCAGCCUGUCUCUCUCCCUGGCACAUUUGAGUAAGGCUCCCCUUUUUUUUUUUAUCAUCCUCUUCCUCCUUUUUUCCUCCUCCUCCUCCUCGCACACGGACGUGACUCGUGUUUGUCACGGUGGGGGGGGUUUCUGUCCCCAGGUUGGUUUCUUUCUUUCUUUUUAUGGAGUGCCGGGAGGAGGGAGGGAGCCUGCCUUUGCUGAAGGUUUUUUGUUUUGUUUCUUUGGACCUUUUUAGUCGAUACUUGAAUUUCCUAGACACUGGAUAAGGUGCUCAAGUGUGAUGUGCACGAGUGCGUUUGCCUCCUCGCUUUUAGAGACUACAAAAGCAUCAGGUGCUUGCUGCUCUCCCUCAGUCGGCCGCCGAUGUCUUCACGCAGCCUUCACUUUUUUGGUUUUUAAUUAUUAUUCUUAUCCUUUGGUUUUCAAAAAAUACGAAGAAUAAGAGGCCGACAAACCCCUCCGGAUUGAAUCCUCCCAGCCAAGGGACUGAAUGCUGACAUUUUAGGUGUCCCCUGGGGUGCUGCUGGGACCUUUUUAUGUGAAGCUCAUGCGUCUGCUGGCCCGCCGAUGGGACGAGGUGCGGUGAGCCGGUAUUGUUUCGUUUUUUUUUUUUUUUUUUUUUUUUUCGUCCUCCUUGUUGGGCCUUUUAGUGCCUCCUUCAGGAUCAUGCCAGCACCUGGAAUACUUAUUUAUGUGUAAAUACUGUUGGUUUGUUUUCUGUUUUUUAAUUUUGUGUACCUGGUUUUUAUUAUGUUUUACAUAGUCUACCUCGGAUUCCCACACAAACCAUUGUUUUUCCUUUUCUGCCACCCUGCCUACACCCCUUAACCUCUCCGAAUCUUAACUGGUCUUCUAUACUGUGAAGAGAAAAAAAAAAAAAAAACGUGUGACCUGGUAACAUUUGCCCCUUUUGUUUGUGCUUCUUUUUGUAAUCCUUUGAAUAGGAACAAUAAAUUAUGAUGAGACUUGAA